ACGAUAACCGAAAAUAUGUAACGGUCGUUUCAAAAUGCGAGUGGCCGCAAAUGUCAAACUGGUAAGUUUGACGCAACAGUGACAUUCAAUCCAGCGACCACUUUCAUCAGUGCAUUUGUAAACAAACAUUGCAGCGAUUCGGUGCUUUCGAUAUCGCGAUGGGUCGAUUUUGUGAAGUUAUUUCUUGUUUAAGCAAUACUGUGCGAAACUUAGAUAAAUCCUUUUAUAAGUUUCCAGUUAACGACAUUGAAAGGCAUGUAUGCGUUCGUGAAUAUAUAGAAAUAUUUGCUCAUUUUCUUGCUACUUCAUUUUACAGAUGCAGGUUGUGGGUGAAAUUUUGCCGUUCGCCGGAUCUCCACAGAUUACUUCGGGAAUCUGGAUAUAAUGCUCUUCAGAGAAAAAUCAUCUGCUCGGAUCAUUUUUCUUCCGAAUCCUUACGUGAUCCAACACGGCGAGAUAGAGGCCUCAAAGUUGGGGCGAUUCCAUCUUUACUCGUAAAUGGCACAACGGAAAUCGACUGCCAGUGCCAAGAUCGCUCAGCCCAAAAUUUGGUGCCAGAAGGAACUCCGCAUUACUGUAAUGUUGAAUACCUGGAUCUGGACCGCUGUGAUGAUGGAGAGGAUCAACUGUCGCUCGUGCAUCCAGAUAUUGGGCUAUCGAUGUCGCAUAUUCAAUCGAUGAACUUCCCUGACACCAUGAACAGCCCGAGAGAUGUAGACGCAGAUGACAUAGUGCUGUGGGAAUCCCUAGCGACGGGUACAUUUACAAAUUCAUGCGAAACCAACAAUAUCACUGGUCUCGGAGAACUAUUCGAUGGACAGACCAUUCGAAUGGACGGAAGCAACAAACUAUUGCUGGAGCAUCCACAUUCCGAGGAAAACUGGAACACUGCAGCAGAUGGCAUUUCCGAGUCUGUCGACGUGCAUCAAAAAACGGCCUCAAAAGAAGCAACAAUUGUUUCAUUGAAAACCUUGUUAAAAAUAGAAAGAGAGAAGAAACUGAAACAUAAAGAAGAAGUGAAGGAAUUGAAAGAAAAACUUCGCGCCAGUCAAAGAAAAUGCGAUAGGCGGCUCAUGAUGAUAAAAUCUCUGCGGAAAAAGAUUGCGAGCCUGGACAAAAAUCUCAAACAUGUCCGAAAAAAAACCCGACCCUGA